AUGUCCAACGGCAGCAUCACCAUGGAGGUUAAAGAGGAAGUAGUCGAGCGCUCGCCGCGAACACACGUGGACAGCUCGCCACUGCCGACCGACUCGAUGGUCACUGUGCCCCUCUCGGAGACGGAUGGAAGAACAUCAGAAGAAGAGGAAGGCGCGAGGGAGUCGGUGAUACGGCCAGAGAUUAUAGUCGAAGAGCGGAGAGCGUCGUCACGAACCAACUCAACAGAAAUACGCAAUGCCUUUGGACGACGUGCCAGCCAAGCAAGCAUCGACACACCCGCCCCAACCAGCCCUACCAUAUCAGUCCGUGACACCGACGCGCCGGUAUCGCCCAAGACUGAAGACACCAGGGGAAGACGCACUAGCAAUGGCUCGGGAAAAAGCGAAGAAGUCGACUGGGCUGAGCUAGAGAAAAAGGAAGAACAAGAGCCAGAGGGCGAGGAGGAGGCCAUGGCUCUGCUCCUCGCACGACUAGAGCAGGAGAACGACGCCAUAUUAUCAAACUCCAAAUCCAACAUGAAGGUCGCCCGCGCCCGCAGCCAGUCCCGGCCGCCCUCCUUCAACCAGCUGAAGCGCCUUGUGGCGGAUGACACCUCCACCAUGCGCUUCUCCCAGCUGCCCUCUCCACCACCCAUGACGGAACUCGAGUUCUGGGCUGCCCUCGUACGCGACUACCCACAGACGGUCCAGCGGCUGCCGACCCUCUCCUUGAAUAAGAUUCGGGGAGGUAUCCCAGCGCCGCUGCGGGGCGUAGUCUGGCAGAGUGCAGCAGGCUCGCGAGAGAAGCUGAUCGAGGAUCAAUAUGACGCGCUUUGCGGGGAGUCGAGCCCGUACGAGAACAUCAUCAACAAGGACCUGGGAAGGAGUUUCCCGGGUGUUGAGAUGUUCAAGGAUCCUGAAGGCGAGGGACAGAAGAUGCUGGGUCGUGUUCUCAAAUGCUUCAGUCUGUAUGACCACAAGAUUGGCUACUGUCAGGGUCUUGGUUUCCUCGUUGGCCCGCUACUCAUGCAGAUGGGCGACAAGGAGGCCUUUUGCGUGCUUGUGAGGCUCAUGGAAGACUACGAUCUCCGCUCCUGUUUCCUACCAGACCUCUCUGGCCUCCACCUCCGCAUUUUCCAAUUCCAGAACCUGCUCCGCCAGCAUAUGCCUCAGUUGGCUCAGCAUCUCGACGACUUAGACGUGCAGUCUGCAUACCUGUCGCAAUGGUUCCUAUCCUUCUUCGCAGUCACCUGUCCGCUACCGAUGCUGUUCCGCAUCUACGACGUCCUAUUCGCCGAAGGCGCUUCCGAGACCAUCAUGCGCGUCGCGCUCGCGCUAAUGAAGCGCAACGAACAAAAACUCCUGUCCCUGACCGAGUUCGAAGACGUAAUGCAGUUGCUUUUGGGGCGCCAACUCUGGGACCCAUAUGGGCGGAAGGCGGGGUCGGCAGAUGAGUUGGUCGGAGAUUUCGUUGGUUUCACAAACGACGUGACGCGCGAAAGGUUGCAGGGGUUAGAGCAACAGUACAAGGAAGCUCAGGAGAAGGAUUCGUCUAAGCAGCAAGUUCAAAAAUCUGCCACGUCGUUCCUGGGCCGCCUGUGGGGUCCAUCCAACUCUUCGACCAAGUCGGUUUCACUCAGCCCGGGUCUCUCCGCGCCUUCACGACCGGUCAGCUUCCUCAGGCGCUCUGCGUCAAAGCAGAGUCUUGCCUCAACACUCAACUCGACUGCCGAGUCUGACGCUUCCGCUGCGACACAAAGCACAGCCAUGACAGACAUUUCGCGCGCCUCAAAUGGAGAUGCGCUGUCGAUGAAGUCGGGACAUGGGUCCAUGGCCAUGGGCGCUUCGGCGAAAGAUCGGGACUUGCAUUAUCAGAUUGAGCAGCUCCUCAUGUCCGUAAGCCAACUUCAGCGACAAAACAGUGAACUGGAAACGGCAUUGCAACAGCACAAAGAAGACCGGAAAGAAGACCACCGGAUAGUCCGAACAGUGGUUGACAAAGUCCGAAAGAAGACCACCACACUAGCAGCACCAUCAACACGUGCAUCACGGAGACGAACAACAAUUACCUCUGCGCCAACCCUUGCCCCAUCCGAAAACACCCCCUCCGCCGAACUGUCAGAAGAAGCCACAGAAAUAGUAGAAACACUAGAGUCCCGCUUCCCCGUCACACAAACCCACCACCGCGCCUCCUCCAUGUUUGAAACCAAAGCCCUCCUUCGCGACUCCCUAGCCCGCACCAAAGAGCAACUCGCCAACGAAACUGCGCGCGCCAACGCCCUAGCCCGUGAUCUCAACGACCGCGACGCCGAACUGCAAAUCGCACGCGACGCACUAAAAGACACGCGCCACAGACUAGCUGAUUCCUACAACCAAAACCAGCGCCUCGAGAAGAACAUCCAGGAACUAAGGCAGAAUGCGAGAAAAGCUUCUGCAGCAGCUUCCUGGACAUCCGCUGACCACAACGGAAACGCGCCAGAUACUCCACCUACGUUAUCCCGCUCCACAACCUCAGAUUCAAUAUCCACAACCACAACAAACGGCCUCCGCGAGUUACGCCUCGGAAGAACAAAUAGUCAGAAAUCAGAACGCGCUCCAUACUCUGCUCCCCCAGCACCGUUUGCUAAACGCUCAUCAAGUCUCGCUACGCAAUCCGUGCUCUCAGCCACUGAAAACAACUCGCCUGCCGAUAAUGAGGCGUUGCUGCUUGAGCUGGUCAAUGCGAAGACGGCGGAGGCGGUUGCGAGGCAGGAGUUGGAGGAACUGAGGGCGAGGUUUGAGGGGAUGAAGAGGGUUAUGAGUAGUGGUGGCGGGGGAGGUGGUAGUGGUGCGAGUUCGAUGAAUGGGACGCCCACACAAACACCGGCUGUUACGCCUAGCCCUGUCCCCAAGGAGCCUGCAAGCGGAAAUGGAGGAUGGGGGUGGGGCGGGUGGAAGAGGACGGUUAGUAGUAAUGCUGUGGGGGCCCCCUAA